GUUGUAGUUCAACGUGAACAUAGGUACCUUUAGAAUGUCUGGCUGUUUAGGGAAUAUUGGUGCGAAGAUGAUUUUUUUAAUUCUUGGGUUACUUGCAUUUGUCAAUGCUGAAGUUGGCAAGCGUCAUGUCAGAUUUGAAUACAAACUUAGUUUUAAAGGGCCACACUUAGUCAACAAGCAAGGAAAUAUACCAUUUUGGAAACAUUAUGGAAGCGCCAUCGCUGGUGAUGAGCAAGUAAGAAUUACUCCAUCUCUGAAAGAUCAAAAAGGCUCUGUCUGGGCAAAGAGCAAAAACACUAAUGAAUUCUGGGAAAUUGAAGUCUUUUUCAAAGUUACUGGCAGGGGCCGAGUUGGUGGUGAUGGGUUGGCAGUCUGGUAUACGGAAGAAACUGGAUCUUCUGGGCCAGUUUUUGGUGCAUCUGAUAAUUGGAAGGGAAUGGGCCUUUUCUUUGAUUCCUAUGACAAUGAUGGAGAGAACAACAAUCCAUACGUGAUGGUAAUGCUGAACGACGGAACAAAGUCAUACGAUCAUUUCAAGGACGGAUCAAGUCAACAAUUGGGGGGAUGUAUGCGUGAUUUCAGAAACCGCCCUAACCCGGUUCGGGCGAAAGUUCGGUAUUUCAACAAUGUGCUUACGGUAUUUUUCCACAAUGGUAUGUCAAACCGAGAUGAUGAAUAUGAGCUUUGCAUGAGAGCUGAAAAUGUCAACUUGCCCAAAGAAGGCUUCUUUGGGGUAUCUGCUGCUACUGGGGGGCUGGCUGAUGACCACGACGUAUUGAAGUUUUUAACAUACAGUCUUAAAGUGCCAACUGAAGAGAAAAAACCCGCAAAGGAAAUCUCAGAAGAGGAGAGAAAGAAACUGGAACAACAAUACGACCAGUAUGCACAACAAUUGGAGAAGGAAAAAGAAACAUUCAAAACGCAACAUCCUGAAAAGUUCAAGGACCAGGAAGGACGUUAUGAAAAUGCCUAUGAUAGAGAUGUGCGUUUGAUUUAUGAAGGACAAGCCUCAAUUCAUUCUCUUGUCGGAACGCUGCAUGGUAAAACGGGUGAACUGACCACACAAGUCAACAAUUUGCAUAACACUGUUGCGAAGAUCCAAGCAGGGGGUAGUGUCGGCGCUUCAACUGGAGGUGGAAUAUCCCGACAAGAAUUCAACUCAAUGAUAAACAGUCAAAAUGAACUCAAGAAUGUUAUAUACAACAUGAAAACGCAGAUGGAAUCUUUGCAAGGGACUAAAGGUGAUGAGAAACUCGACGAACUCCAUAAAAAUCUUCGAACAGUUGUGGAAAAUGUUGGCCACCUUGUUACAAAGAGCCAGAUGCAGGCCGGAAGCCAGCAAAAGAAACAACAACAUGAAUGCCCGAAGCAAAACUGUGUCAGCACUGGGACUUUUGUAAUGCUUUUUGUUGUCCAAAUUGUUGUUGUUUUUGGUUAUAUCUUUUACAAAAAUCACCAAGACCAGGCUGCUAAAAAAUUCUAUUGAAACAAGCGUAAUUUAAUAAUAUCCAUUGCCAUGUUUUUUUUGUA